AUGCUCGUCGACAAUACUGCGGGACAUGAAGAAUUCUCUCCUUCAUGGGCGGAUUCUCGGGUUACAAACCAGAUUAAUAUGGCUGAGGAAGACAGAGAGAAGACAACCUUCAUUACAGAAUGGGGCACUUUCUGCUACAAGGUGAUGCCUUUUGGUCUAAACCGGGUCAACCUACCAGCGCGCCAUGAGAAAGACCGGGGCAAGAGCAAGGGAAUAGGAGUUAGAGUACGGACCCUAUACGAAGGCAAGCUAGACGAUGAAUUCCCGACCGAAAGAGCGCUGUGCGCCGGGCGGGAGUCCGCAGCUUCUUUCUAA